UCUCACUUCAGAUGCGACGUCGUCUCAUAAGUCUUCAGCGUCCGUUCUUACUCUUAAUCACUCGUGCUUAUCGCACAACAUCCUCUUCUGCUUUACAAGUCCUGAGUGGAGUUCCUCCCCUUGAUUUAUCAGUGGAGCGAGAGUCUAUGUUAGCAAAUGUUCUUCGUCUUCGGCAUUCAUUUUCAUUGUGGGGAAUGACUUACAAUCCUUCAGAUUAUACGCAUCAUUAUUCUACUUUUAUAUGUUCUCCUUCUGAAUAUGAUCUCCCACUUAGAAUUUCACAUAAUAGCUCAAAUUUACCCUCUACAGAUUUUUCAAUAUUUACAGAUGGUUCUCGCAUUGAUGAGGGCACGGGCUGCGGUCUUUGUGUUUAUUCUCAACAAACUCUCCAAUUCUCUUGGAAAAGGAGUCUUGGUCCGGCCAAUUCUGUUUAUCAAUCUGAACUUUUUGCACUGCGCAAAGCAGUUCGACUUGCAGCAUCUUUCCUUCCUUUGACCUCCUCAAUUUUUUCUGAUUCAGCCUCCAGCCUUCAGUCUUUAUUGCAAUUACCAUCUCGUAACCCUUUGGUUAGGGAAAUACAGAUUGACUUGCAGUCCAUUCCAGUGACUGACCGGCCGUGGAUGGCCUGGAUACCUGCUCAUGUGGGUAUUGUAGGUAAUGAAACGGAGGAUCAGUUAGCUAAGGAGGCUGCUUCUCUUUCUCAUCGAUCUCUUUCAUCUCUUCCUGCGCCUCCCUCUUUUCUUAAACGUGCUUCUUAUAAUUCUUUAUUGUCCAUUUGGCAGGGGCGCUGGGAUAGCGAUGUAGUGGGUCGACGGACUUAUAGUUUUCUCCCUCGUGUAUCCUUCUCAUUACAAACUUCUACAUCAUAUUUAACCUGGUUUUUGACGGGCCAUGGCCCCUUUCCUUCAUAUUUAAAUCGAUUUAAUUUGCGUCCCUCGGCUCAUUGUCCCUGUGGCGGUACCGGAGAUCCUGACCAUUUUGUAUAUUCCUGUCCAUUAACUUCCCAUUUUCAUCUCCAACCUAUUUCUACAGUUAAUCUCCGACACUUUGUUAGCCAGGUUCAUCAUAAUAAAAAUUUCUCCAAUCGUCUUUCUCAUUUAAUGCGUUUCUGCCAAAAUACUUUUUCUUAUUUCUAAAUCACAAAUCUCAGGAGAGUGCUGGUUUUAUUUUUUUUUUUUUAAAGGAUAAUUUUUUACUGAAGAUUGCUUAAUUCAUGCGGAGUUUAAUUCUUGUACCUACUCAAUACAUCACUUUUCUGACUAUUUAUUGUGCUAUUCUAGAUAUAUUUUGCAUAUGAUUUUUUUUUUGUUACUGUUUAUAAUAUCUGGUACUAUAUAACUUUGCUCAAGCUGUGCAUAAUAUUUUGUGAAUAACCCAUAUUGAUUAUUUAUCGUGUGAUAGUCCUUUUAUGUGUCCACUUGGAGUGUGCAUCAUGGUGUGUGUUUCUCAACUUGUGCUUCGGAGUAUAACACGACUUCUGAAAAGCACCUUAUAUAUCUGUGCGUGCUUAUAGUGAUCUCUUUGACUAUGUGAGUGCGUGAUUGUUUUUAUAUAUAGUGUAAAGCAAUAAUCAUUCUUCUUAUGAGACACUCUCAAUGACUCUAUUACACGCGUGCUUGUGUUUUGAAUAUAUUCUGUUGCAUUGAACUUUUUAUCGAGAAUUGCGGACUUCUUUUGCACUGCUCCAGACUUUAGUGGACUUUAACUUACAGACUAUUUUUACGCAUAAUGAGUUUAUUAUUUAUCUGGUGUGUUCCUUCAUAUGUGCCAUCUGAUAUGAUAAACUAUAACGUCAUAUAUCACAAGACUACUUACAGUUAGUAACCUCAUCACAUGAUGCAUAGGAUGGUUUUUCAUAUUCUUAUUAAGUCAGGAGCUAUAUGACUUUAUUGAACAUUGAACUUUUUUGAAAAUUACGGACUUCCAUUACUCUACUCAUGACUUUUGUGGACUUGUCAAUUUACAGACUAUUUUUUACUUUUCAUGUCAAGAAUUCUCUGUCGGUUGUUGUAGUGUGUCAUUGUUUCUUAUUAACUUGUCAUUUGUAUGAUUGUUUUUCUGUCUCAAUAAAUGCCGUCUGAUCUGUUGGCUCCUCCUUUGGACGUGGCCAGCGGAUAGUAGAUUAAUUAUACUGCUGGGAUGGCAUUUU